AUGGAAGAGGGCCAAAUCGAGCACAGUGCGAUUGUAGCGCAACUGGGAUUCUUCAUGGUCGGGUUGUAUAUCGUGUAUCCUUUCUGGAAUCGGAGCCGGGACAUUAAGAAAGAGAUUCAAAAUCUCUAUGUGUUCUUUGAAGCCUUCACCCGCGACGGUAGCAUCGAACCAGUGCUUGCUGUGAAUCAUACUCGGGUUAUGCUCCAACAGCAUUUUCACUAUUGCCGUGUGACCCGCUUCUACGGCGAGAAUUAA